CAGGUGCAAUUGUCGCAAGUCAACUCUCAAAUCUUCGAGUCGCAUCACGGUGACCACAAGAGCCUUCUACGUACAAACCUUUUCCAAAGUCCGGUAGCGAAGAGUUCGUACGUAGAUCCGGACGCAUUUUUCCGUGAUUCAGCGAUAAAGAAGAGUUUCAAAAAUUAUGCUCCCAAUAUAGACGAACCCCAAAUAAAUCAGAAGCAUAAUGGACGUAAUCUACCAAAUCGAAGAAAUGAGCUUAAGACGCUAAUCAAUCACGGGAUAGCUAACAACAAUGAAGACUUCAAAUUUUUAAGUCAAUUACAGCAAAGCCAUGAGAAUACCGAUGUACAUAAAUUAUUGAAAAAUGAACAGGAGACCCAAAAAGAUAUGUUAGAUCAAGAACUUAAAAACUUGCUGCAUGAAAACCAACUAAGUAACGACUUUUCCAUGGGCGUUAAAUUUUCAAAACAAUCAAAUAAGGAACUUAACGAUAAAACAUCAAAUAAUAAAUCAACCAAUCAAGAACUUAGUGAGCAGAAUAACAAAGCCUUGAGCAAAGAAAAUUCACUUAUUAAAACUCAGGUUGAUAUAGAUAACAAAGAAUUAUCUUUGUCUAUAAAUGCAUCAAACAUACAGAAAGAAACCAAUCAAGAGACAUCGUCAAAUCAUAAAGAUAUUCGGAAUGUUCCGCAGCGCCAAAAUCAGCAAGUUUCGAGCCAUAAAGAAUCCAAUGAAUCGUCAAUAACUUCUACAGACGAAUUCAAUAAACAAUCGCAAAAACAAACUUCGGCUUCAUCACAACAAAGCCGACAAGAGUCUUACAUAAACCAACAAUCACAAACAGAACAAGAUUGGGUCAAACAACAUAGCCGCCAAAUAAAUGAUAAACAAGAUACGACCGCCUAUCGAAGUAAAUCAUCUGUAACAAAUGAUAACGUAUCAGAAUCUAAUACAAAGAAUUGGAACGUCGAAAAUCAAUUUGAACAAGAAUCUGUUAUUGUAGAUAAUAUCAAGGCUGAAGAGAAUGUAACUAAAGACGACUUUAUAUCUAACAAAAAAAGUAAUCGAUUAGAAUAUUCAUAUGAUUUAGAAGAAGAAGAGGAAGAAGAGGAGUUUUGGAGAAACGAAGAUGCGUAUAUUGACGAUGAUACCACUGAUCCUGGGGAACUAAUACAUUUAACAAGUCAAGAUGAACCAGCAAUAAAGCCAAAUGAAGAAAAACCACACAUCGAAUCUGUCGUACAGCAACCAUCUCCGCAAGAUGAUCAAAUAAAUUCACAUAAAUCUUUUCAAUCACAUCGAGGUCAUCACAUCCCUUUACAGCCAGUACAAAAUCCUUCACUAACAAAAUCGGAUCAAGACGUAACCCCUGUAAAACAGACUCGAAAUUCAUCUUUACCACCUAUGCAAAACAAGCUAAGACAAAAUCAAACACCACUACAACCAAGUGAUGAUCACCUGCUUUACUACCAAAUCAACAUAAACCUCCUACAUUGCCAGAUGAGGAUCAAUCCUACGCAGACUUCAAUAAAUAAAGAAAGUGAUUCAUGGAAAGAUUAUAAGAAAACCAAUAAAAAUGCUGACGAAAAUAAUACGAUAUCGCAGGAUGAAGAUCAGUCAUUACAAGAGAAACCGGCUCAAGAUCAAACUACAACACAAAGCAACACAGAUCGGACUACUACAGAAUUUGAUCAAGAUCAGCCACCUUCACGACCGAAGAACAAUGGACUUCUUCCACAACCGGAACAAAACAAGCCACUGACACAGACAAAACAAGAUGAGCCCUUGCCCCAACCAGCCCAAAAUAAACCACUUUUACAACCGGAACAAAACAAGACGCUGACACAGACAGAACAAGAUGAACCCUUGCCCCAAUCAGGACAAGAUAAACCACUUCUACAAUCGGAACAAAACAAGCCGCUGACACAGACAGAACAAGAUGAGCCCUUGCCCCAACCAGCCCAAGAUAAACCACUUUUACAACCGGAACAAAACAAGACGCUGACGCAGACAGAACAAGAUGAACCCUUGCCCCAACCAGGACAAGAUAAACCACUUCUACAAUCGGAAGAAAACAAGCCGCUGACACAGACAGAACAAGAUGAGGCCUUGCCCCAAUCAGGACAAGAUAAACAACUUACACAACCGGAACAAGAUGAGUCCUCGCCACAACCAGGACAAGAUGAGCCCUUGCCCCUAUCAGGACAAAAUAAACCACUUCCACAACCGGAACAAGAUGAGUCCUCGCCACAACCGGAACAAGAUCAGCCUUUGCCCCAAUCAGGACAAGAUAAACCACUUGCACAACUGGAACAAAACAAGCCGCUGACACAGACAGCACAAGAUGAGCAGUUGCCACAACCAGAACAAGAUGAACCACUUCCACAACUGGAACAAAACAAGCCGCUGGUACAAAUAGGACAAGAUGAGACCAUGCCACAACCACUAGAUAAACAACUUCCACAACCGGAACAAGAUGAAUCCUCGCCACAACCGGAACAAGAUCAGCCCUUGCCCCAAUCAGGACAAGAUAAACCGCUUCUACAAUCGGAACAAAACAAGCCGCUGACACAGACAGAACAAGAUGAGCCCUUGCCCCAACCAGCCCAAGAUAAACCACUUUUACAACCGGAACAAAACAAGACGCUGACACAGACAGAACAAGAUAAACCCUUGCCCCAACCAGCCCAAGAUAAACCACUUUUACAACCGGAUCAAGAUAAGCCUAUGCUACAAACAGGGCCAGUACAAGAUGAGCCCCUGAACCACCUGGAACAAGAUAAUACCCAGCCACAGUCAAGACCAAGUAAACCUCUAUACGAGCCAGAUCAAGAUAAAUCCCAACUUCAUCCAGGACAAAAUAAGCUUCUAAACCAGCCAGGAAUUCCAUCAAGAAAAAUAACUAAACCCACACAAGAUACGACAUCGCCUAAUGUGAGCACUGAUGAAUCUACACCACAAUCUAAUCAAGAUAAGUCUACUAGCAUACCUAAAAACGAUAAUGGUAAUAGUCAUCCUAAUCAAAUAAAACUUGAAACUUUACCUGAUCAUGAAAAACCCGUAACGAAAUCUGAUCAAGGCAAGACUGACACUAAAGUUGACGCGAACAAUCCUGCAUACAAACCUGGUCAAGAUGAGAGUAGUAUCUUACCUCACCAAGAUAAACUUACAAGAUUACCUAAGAGCGAUGAAACAACUAAACUGGAACCUAAAACUAAUGAAGAUAGGCCUUUAGUUAUACCAAAACAAAAUAUUCCUAUAUUGAAUUCGCAUGAAACUAUUCCUACAAUUCAACUGGUAUACACUAAAUCCCAAAAGGAUAAACCUCAUCUAAGUGAAACCCUACAGAAAGCUAACCAAGAUAAACCUUCGUCCAUAAAUAAGCCCUUAAUUAAAUCUGACAAUGAUAAGGAUAACAUAAAUAAACUUAACCUAAAUGAAAAUACAACUAAGGCUCCCGAAGAUAUAUCUGUAAUCAAACCUGACCAAACUGAAUCUACGUGUAAUAAAAGCAAACCUAGUAGUCAUAAACCUAUGUCCGACCAAGAUACACCAGCAAUAAACAUUGGUGACAAGAGAACACCAGCCACACCUUAUACAGACAAACUUGCAUCUGAACCUAAACAAGAUAAUCCAGAUAAAGUGGCUAUUACCACAACUGGCCAAAAUAAACCUGCAACCAUACAAGGUAAACCCAUAUUGCAAUCCAUACAAGACAAGUCUAGUAAGCAGCCAGAUCAAGAUUAUGUUACAAUUAAACCUGCGACUGAACCGUCAGAUGAGCCUACGAAUGAACCUGUUCAAGAACCUAAAACUACUGAAAUACCUGAUCAAAAUAAAUGUAAGGCAGAAUCUGCUCAAAAGGAGCCAAUGAAGCAGCCUCACCAAGAAGUAGUAAAAACUAACAUCAUUAAACCUAACACAAUGAAGCCUCCAACCAAACCUGAUCAAGAACCUAACCUUGCAGUAGUACCUGAGAAAGCUAAACCAACCGAUUCUACUGAAAAUAAACAAUCAAGGCAACCAAAUCAAGACGUGCCUAAGUUCGCACCAAAGCCUGAUCAAGUUGCAACCACGCAAAAACCUAAUCUAGAACCACUACCUAGAGCAAUACCUAAUGUUGAUAAGCCUGCUAUUAAUGCGAAACAAGAUAAACUAGACCAAUCUUUAAUGAAAUCCAAUGAUAAUCAAUCUAAACAUAAAACAGAUGAAGAGCAACCUAUAGUUACUCGUAAGCACCCAAAUUCUAAGAAACCAUAUUCAACCAACGGCGAUGAAGUCCUACAAUCCCAAAAUAGUGAAGAUACUGCACAAAUUACUAGGUCUAACAGUUGGAGUGAGAGGGAUAGUUACUCUGAGAGGCGAGGACGUUACGACCUCUCUCGAAGUAGUAGCAUACAUGGCGUACAACAAGCGAUCGAAACGGAGGUGAACUAUAAAACCCUUGUAGUGAGCGACGGGUCCAACAGCGGCAGAUGCUACUGCUCCUGCGACAUCAACAGCAAGCCAGUCUUCAUCAGCCUGGACCAGCUGCGUGGGUGGCCGACAUUAUAAGACUUUAUUUUUAUUGGAACCUAAACUCUAUCUUUAUUAUAGUAAAAAAAAGAAGAAAUGUGAUAAUUGCAGCCUUGUUCAGUUAGCAUACACUUCUAUCCAGCGAGCGACUUGCACGUUUAUACUUGACAAAAAAACACCUGCGAAUGUAAUCUAGAUUUAUCUCUAAAGCCAAUCGAAACACCAAGUAAAAUGUUUGGUAUAAA